AUGUUCUGGAGAUUUCGAUGUCGGACUUUAUGCGUUUGUCCAUGCAAACUGAGCACUUCAAUAGACCCUGUGAUUGGACGUGAUGAAGAAAUCAGACGUACAUUGGAAGGUAGAUUGGCUCGUCGAACAAAGAAUAACCCAGUGUUGAUUGGUGAAGCAGGUGUUGGUAAAACUGCUAUUGCUGAAGGCCUUGCUCAACGUAUUGUGGCAAACGAAGUGCCAGAAUCAAUUCAAGGCAAACGCGUUAUUGCUUUAGAUUUAGGCGCACUUGUUGCAGGUGCAAAAUAUCGUGGUGAAUUUGAAGAUCGUCUAAAAGGCGUCUUGAAACAAGUCUCUGAAUCUGAAGGAAAGAUCAUUUUGUUUAUUGAUGAAAUCCAUACACUACUAGGCUUAGGUAAAUCAGAAGGUGCUAUGGAUGCUGGUAAUCUGUUGAAGCCUGCGUUAGCGCGUGGUCAGCUUCGUUGUGUAGGUGCAACUACUAUUGACGAAUAUCGCAAGUACAUUAUGCAAGACCCUGCCUUAGCUCGUCGUUUCCAACAAGUUAUGGUAGAAGAACCUACUGUUCAAGACACGAUUUCUAUCUUACGUGGUCUUAAGGAACGUUAUGAAGUCCAUCAUGGUGUUCGUAUUUCUGAUGCUGCUAUUGUAGCUGCUGCACUCCACUCUCAUCGUUAUAUUGCAGAUCGUUUCUUGCCUGAUAAGGCAAUUGAUUUAUUGGAUGAAGCUUGUUCUAAACUUCGAUUACAACAAGAAUCCAAACCUGAAGCCUUGGAAAACCUCGACCGACAGAUCAUGACAGCUCAAAUCGAAUUAGAGUCUUUACGAAAAGAAACCGAUGUCAUGUCUGUUGAACGACGACAAAAGCUUCAAGAGGAAGUGGAAGCCAAACAAAAAGAAUCACAACGUUUGACUGCCAUUUGGAAUGAAGAGCGACAAAAGAUUGAUGACAUCAAGCGUAUCAAGGAAGACUUGGAAAAGGCCAGGACAGAUUUGGAACAAGCACAGCGUAAUGGCAAUUAUCAGCGUGCCUCUGAACUUCGUUAUGGUAUGAUUCCCAACUUGGAAAAGCAGUUACCUCAAGACACAGCCGAGGAAGAGAAUCCAGAGUCUUUGAUUCAUGAGCGUGUUACUUCAAAUGAUAUUGCGCGUGUGGUCUCUCAAAUGACAGGUAUUCCUGUUAGAAACUUGAUGAAAGGUGAACGAGAAAAGCUGCUGCAUAUGGAACAAGUUAUGGCUGAGCGUGUAGUGGGUCAAGAUGAAGCCAUUACUUCUGUGGCUGAAGCUGUUCGUCUUAGUCGUGCUGGACUCCAGAAUCCUUCCAAACCCAUUGCUUCAUUCAUGUUCUUGGGCCCCACUGGUGUAGGUAAAACAGAACUUUGUAAGACCAUUGCCAAGUUCUUGUUUGAUACAGAACAUGCCAUUGUUCGUGUAGACAUGUCUGAAUACAUGGAGAAGUUCAGUGUCAGUCGUCUUAUUGGUUCUCCACCUGGUUAUGUAGGUCAUGAAGAAGGAGGUGAAUUGACAGAGGCAGUUAGACGCCGUCCUUAUGCUGUUGUCUUGUUGGACGAAAUGGAAAAAGCUCACCGCGAUGUCUCUAAUAUCUUGUUGCAAGUCUUGGACGAUGGUGUCUUGACUGACACAAAGGGCCGCAAGAUUGAUUUCCGUAAUACUAUCAUUAUUAUGACUUCCAACUUAGGAGCAGAAGCCUUGGUUGAAUAUGCCAAUGAAGGUAAAGCCUUGAGAGAUAUUGUUGAUGUGCGUAUUAAAGAAGUUGAAGGACGUACGACCGACCGUCGCAUCAAAUUGGACGUUACUUUAGAAGCACGGGAAUGGCUAGGUGAGCGUGGAUAUGACCCAGCUUAUGGUGCUCGUCCCUUAAAUCGAUUGAUCCAAAAGAAACUUUUGAAUCCCUUGGCUCGCUUGUUGAUUGAUGGAGGUGUGCGUACGGGAGAAACAGCCAAGGUGACUGUAGAGACACUGCCCAAUGGAGAAACAGACCUGCAUGUACAACGUAACCAUCCUGCAGGUAGCAACGCCUCUACUGAAGAAGAAAAACUAUUGGAGGAGCAUAUGGCGCCUCGUGUAUAUCUCUGUCUUUUUCUUUUUCUUUUUUUUUCUUUCUUAUCUUUUCCUUAUAAAUGCCUGCUCGUGAAUCAAAUAAAACUAUUUUGCUUGAACAUCCUUCUGGUUCAAAGGCAGAAGUUGCACUUUUUGGGUGUAGAACGUAUUUUUGUUAGUAAGUUAGCAAAACGCGACGGAAGUAAGGCUAUCCGUGGUGGUAUCCCUAUUUGUUUCCCUAUCUUUGGUACUAAAGAAAAGAUUGCUCUCCCUCAACACGGUUUUGCUCGUAACAAUUAUUGGGAAUACCUUGGUAUUGUGACUGAUAAUGAUGAAGUGGCUGUUCGAUUUGGCUUAAAAGAUACUCAAAUCCCUCAAGAAGCACGUAAUGCAUGGCCUCAUUCUUUCCGUUUGAUUUACACAGUCACCUUGUCAAGUAAAUCACUCAAGACAUUCUGUCAAUUGAAGAACGAAGAUGAAGAUACGUUUGAAUUUAAUACCCUUUUGCAUACUUACUUUAGCGUGCCUGAUGUUACCAAGUCUGCAGUUAAUGGUUUGUCUUCUUGUGAAUACACUGAUAAAGUGGAAGGUGGUGCUAAGGUAACCGAGACAAACGAAAAAGUGACUAUUGCAAGUGAAGUCGACCGUGUUUAUAAAAAGGUACCAGACAAUGUUACACUCGAAGUAGGCAAUGGUUCUGUCAUUCAGAUUGAAAAGUCAAACUUGAAAGAUACUGUUGUCUGGAAUCCUUGGAUUGAAAAAGCAAAGGGUAUGGGUGAUUUUGAUGAUGAAGAGUACAAGAACAUGAUCUGCGUUGAAGCUGGUAGUGUUGCUGACUGGGUUGCAUUGGCUGGUGGACAAACUUGGACUGCUGGUCAAACAUUGACUGUCGCUUAAAAUAAUUACAUUUGCUUAUGUGUCAUACACACAUUUAGACGGAUCAUAAAUUGUGCUUAUUUAUAAACAUGUUCCUGAUUUUAUCAAAAUAAAGAAACAAGAUAUUUCAUGACAAAAC